AUGGCCUAUGAUCGCUACGUGGCCAUUUGUGAUCCCCUCAGACAUUCCACCAUCCUGACAAACUCCAUUGUAGCCAAGAUCAGCCUGACCGUGCUGCUGCGUGGUGUCAUCCUCACAUUGCCCUGUCCCCUCCUGGCAAGGCAGUGGCCAUAUUGUAGAACCAACAUCAUUCCUGAGCCAUACUGCUCACACAUAGGUGUGGUGAGCCUGGCCUGCGCUGACAUUCGUGUGAGUAGUUACUACGGCCUCUUUCUCCUACUCUGUGUGAUGGGGCUGGAUGUGAUUUUUAUUGCUGUCUCCUAUAUCGAGAUCCUCAGGGCCAUCUUCAGACUCCCCACAAAAGAUGCCCGGCUCAAAACUAUUGGAACCUGUGGCUCCCACUUCUGUGCCAUGCUAGCCUUCUACAUGCCUCUUCUUUUCAUCUCCCUUGUAAACCGCCUGGGCCAGAAAGUACCCCUGCAUUUCCAUAUUUUAAUUUCCAACUUGUAUGUGUUGAUGCCCCCAAUGCUGAACCCCAUCAUCUAUGGGGUGAGGACCAAGCAGAUCCACAACAGGCUGCUCCGGCUCUUUACUCAAAAGGGUACCUAA